AAACGCGGGAGCUGCCGGGGCCGCGCCCUUACGAGCUGUACCUGAUACGUGCGCACAGCUCUGGCGGUAUCUGUGGGCUGGCGCACGAAGCCGUAACAAUUGGAGGCGGAGCAUAGCUUCACACGCCUUGGGGCCCGAAGCAGCCAAACCAGCGCGCCGAAGCAGCAAACCAGCGCGCAUCGAUGGACCGCCUCCUCCUCACGCUCUCGAACGACGGCCGCGUCGCCUACGCCACGCAACCGGACGCGUUCCACGUCGGUCCGGUCGGAGGCGGCGCCGCCGCGCGCGUCGAGGCCGAGGACAUUAAUGAUCUCGCCUGGUGCGGAGACCUAUUAUUAGUCUGCACCAAGGACGGCCUCGUGCGCAUCAGACGUGGAGAUGCGUGGGCGUACACGCUCAAAGUCAGCGAUGAGGCCGGCGCUGCGUGCGUCGCUCCCGGCGCGACGCAAGAGGCGUGGUACCGCAGCGGUAGCCUCCUGACCCGCUUAAAAUUCGACGGCGCCCCGACCGCAUCUCAUUUCACGUUCAGCAAGCCGCCGACAGCACUAGCGCCCGUCGACGCGGAGACGUUGAUUGGUGUCGGCUCGUCGCCCACCAUCGCCGAGCUCGUCGCAAAACCGCCCUCGUCAUCCCUCAUCAAGGCCGCCUGGCGGUGGUUAAGACCGGUCGAACCCAAGGAAAUGCAAGAAGGCGUCGUCGACCUCUCGACGGGAAAACGAGGCACCUUGCACAUCAGGAGGACGUGCUUCGACGACAGCAGGCGACAGGCGUCGAAGGUCUGGGUCGCGCCCACUUCCACACUAUGCGCCGUCGCGGACAAUAAAGGCAGAGUGUUACUUGUGGACCUGCGGAGCGGCCGCGUCGUUCGAUUGUUCAAAGGUGUGAGAGAUGCGCAAUGCGCCUGGCUCCAAUUAGAUGAUGGAGAGGAGUCGUUGUAUCUGGCCAUCUUGGCGCCUCAAAGAAAACAGAUUCGGGUCUGGCGUUGUAGAUUCGGGGGCUGUGCGGCCGCGUUUUCUGUUGCAUUGGAAAAUGCUUCACUAGUACAAGCGCCGGACGCGACGGCGUUUCUCGCGGCUUUGAGAGGUGAUUCCUUGGUCUUGGAGCCGGUGCAGCCGGAUUUAGAAAGGUGUCGGGCCCUCGCGGACAAAGAAAGACAACUAGCGCGCCUCGCGGGCGCUCAAGCUAGGUGCCGCGCCGCUUUACAAAGAGCCGACGCCAAGAACGACCCGGUCGCAGCCCGCAAGGCCAUGAAAGAAGCUGUUAAGGAAGAGAGUGAAGAAAACGUCUUAGGCUUAUGUGUCCGUACGUUUACGAGCUCCCAAUGCUUAAUUGCGGUCCUCGAAACGUCACGAGAUGAACGCGCGAAGGCAUUAAUAUCAUGCGAAAAGGCCCGCGACCUCGUUACGAGGGACUUCUCUGGCAGUGCCCAAUCAAGCAUAGACGACCCGCGCCUGCUAGAAGCUAGAGCCUGGCUCGCUCUGACAACAACAGCGGAGCAGACCCAUCCUUUGGUUGAGCAAGCCCUAGCGAUGUUGCUGAAAAGGGAUGCGGCGCCUGCAGGUUUAGUUGAGUCUGUCAAUAGUGAAGACGGCGCCGCUUCCUUCUUCCGGGGCCACCGGGCCUUCCGGGCCACGUUCUACAAGGAGAUGGUCGCCCAGACUUUUAGAAUCGGCUUUCGGCCCUUGGCCGUGGGGAAGACGGAGGACGCGUCACAAGCGGCGACGGCGCUCGCAUCAUCGUGUUGCGCCUUCGCUUCCACGUUGUGCGCCCCGUUGGCGAGUUGUGAUUUGGGUGCCGUCGAGGUUAUCGAUGAGGCUUGCGCUUUGCUAGACCUGGAUAGAGGUAAGCGCGCCUUGGCGACUACUUUAUGGUUCCUACGAUUAUCUUCAGAUGAUGCUCUGAAAGCGCUGGAGAGCGGCUCAUUGCAAAAGUGGUUGAGGUUCUACAUCAUCGAUCGGGCCGCGGUGUUGCGGGCGGCUCAAUUACAACCUCCCUCGAAAGCCGAAAAACAGCUUCACGAGUUGGCGGCCGACACGCGCGCCGUCGUGACACCAUGUAUCAAGCUCUGCCGGGCCUCGCAUUCCCAAGUCCAGGCUCUAGCCUUCGCUUGUGCACUUACAAGUGCCGUGCGCGUCUGCGCCGUCGCGGCGGAAGAUAGAUGCCACGGGGCGCUCACGGCCGACGACCAUCGUUGGGGCCUCGCGACGCUAGAUGGAGAAAUAGCUACGUUGCGGUGCGCUAUGGUUGUUGCAAAGGGACCGUCUCAAUUGUCAGAUGUGACGGCGAAUGCGUUAAGGGACGAACGGGGACGCCUCGCGUACGCGGUCUGUGCCGACGCCGCGGCCGGCUCUACAGAAGAGCAGGUCCCGGCCGCUCUCGGUGGAGAAGGCGCCAAGCUCGCCGAACUCAUAAGGAAGAGACCUGAAAGAGGCUGGCUCCACCGGGCGUUUCCCGAACUAGAUGAAGACGCUUUACGAUGCUUACGAGCGCUGAUGCGAGCCGCGGAUUCCAUAGACGACGGCUGGGCCCUCGCCGCGUCGUGCAGCGACGUGCGCAAGUCCUCGUCUUCAAAAAACGGCGCCGCGCGGUGCUGUUCAGCCUGGUGCGCGUGCGAGCUCUGGAGGACGGCCAUCGCGCCGAAAGUAUCAAAGCGCGUGAACGGUGAAGACGCGUGCAUCAUAAGCGAGCGUGAUGAUGAUAACGCGUUGUUCGGGGCCGCCGUCAACGUCCUGGAGGCAUUAACUGCAUCAUAUGACGCGGUGCGGCCGUACGCGGGCCCGGCCAACGUGUUGGUGCGCGGCGCGGACGACGGCUUCGUGUCCUUGGCGAUUCCGCUCGAGGCCGUGCGCGACGCCUAUACCGCGCCGGCUGCGUCGCGGCUGACCGUGCUCGCGGCGCUGGCGCGGAGCCUCGUGGCGGGUCUGUCCAUAGCGGUGGACGCCGCGGGCGUCGCGGACCUCUUCGGAGAUAUUGAUUUGGACCUCGAGCACGCGGCGUCGGACGCCGAGGUCGCCGCGGCAGCGGAGGCCGAAAAGACGCUCGCUGUCGCACUCUCGAACCCGGCGGCCGCCGACGCGCUGCGGUCGAAGCGCGCCGAGCGGGCCGGGGCGGCGCUGGCGGACGAGCUCGCCUCGGCCUCGGAGGAGGUCUUCGAGGACGCGCGCGACGCGGAGGAGUCGGACGACGACAACUGGUGAGCCUUUGUGUUUGUGUG